ACGUUGAGAACGCGUGCAACUGUGCAAUCACACGGAAGAGAUGUAAUAUGAAGCUACAUUUGACCAUCAAUCGCGAUAAAUUCAAUUUCACCGAUCUUCUAAUUCACAGGUAAGUAGCAAGCUAGUAACUAAUCAUCGUCUUAUUUCUUUCUGGGUUUUUAAUUUAAUUGUUGAUGAGCAUGCCUCUUUGAGAUUCGAUCCCUGGAUCAAGUGGCACGGCCCCCCGGUUUGUUGAAGAGCUAGCUAUACAUGGUCAUUGGCCAACUUGUCAUUGCUAUUUCAAAGUUUCGUUCAUCCUCAACUUGUGUUUAUUUUACUAAUUGGAAUUUGCAACUUGUAUAGUUGACUCUCAUGUUGUCCCUUUUUAAAACUUGUUUCAAUGAUUUAAUCUUUCCAUUUUGAGUAUUAUAAAAGGGUAUUAUUUGAUUCAUAUAUAUAUGUUGGUUUUAUAGGGAUUAUUUUUGUUAAGAGAAGACAUUAUUAUUAUUAUUAUUAAUUAGAUGGAGAACAAUGCCAAUGAUUCGAGUACUCAAAAGGGUUUAGUGAAUGAGCUUGUUGAAGGAAGAGAUCUCACUAAGGAGCUUCAAGUUGUUCUUGGCAAUGAGCCACAAUCAUCUUCCAAUGAAGCUUGUGGAUUGAUGGCUAAGAAUAUAUUAGCCAAAUUUGAGAGGUCAUUACAGAUCUUGCAAUACGAUCCAUCGAACCACUUUCAGUUUCACCUGGCAACUACUACAACAGCUGAUUCCCCGAAUUCUUUUAGUGGAAGCCCUAAAAGCAUGGAAUCUGACGGAGAUUUCAAAGAUCUAGCAGAACACAAAGAUGAAUCCAAAAAGAGAAGGAUUUCUCCUCGUUAUACACAUAGAGUGCAAGGUUCCACUAGCAGCGGGCUUGAAGGUCCAAUUGAAGAUGGUUUCAAUUGGAGAAAAUAUGGACAAAAGGACAUUCUUGGAGCCAAAUUUCCAAGGGCAUAUUAUAGGUGUACUAAUAGAGUUUUCCAAGGAUGUUUUGCAACAAAGCAAGUACAAAGAAGUGAUGAUGACCAUAGCUCCUUUGAUGUCACUUAUCGCGGUAAACACACUUGUUCUCAAGCAACUUCUUCCUCCUCUUCCUCCUCCCACCCUAACAACCACCACCCUACACCCAAACUCGAGCCUUUCGAAACCCUAGUCUAUACUCCUCAACAACAACCACAAAAAAUCAUAUGGGAUUUCAAAAGAGACAAUAAUAAUAAUAUAAAAGACAUUAAACCCAUUAUUACAACUCAUAAAAAUACAAACCCUAAAUCAUGUUCUUCCUUUUCCUUCCCUUCUAAUUCCUCCUCUAACCCAUUGCUUAAUCAUAGUGCUAAUUUUGUUGGUUAUGGAAAUAAUUUCCCUACAAAUUCAACCACAUAUGCUUACCAAUCUCCCCCAACCCUAAUGAACAACAACGGGUUCAAUACUGAUUAUAACACUCAUAAUUUUGUUGUUGAUCAUCCACAAACAAUCCAUCCAUCAUCAACCUCGGCUACUAACUCCCCAACUAUCGCGUCAUUUGAUCAUCAUCAUCAUCAUCAAGGUGAAUUUGAUGAUGUUUUCAUUCUUGACAACCCUCAUUUUUUUCAAGAGUAAUAUAAUUGUUUUAGGAAUUCAUUUGUUUAAUUUCCAUAGGGUUUAGCAAGAAAAUGAGAGCAAAACAAGACCAUAUAUUUUAGCUAAUAGAUACUCCCUCCGUCCAGAAGUUUAAUUGUUACGUUGAUAGUAUAAUUUGAACUAGUAAUUAACCUAACAACCAGAUCGAAUUGAAGGAUGGUGGACGUAUAAGUAUGCAUUUAUAUUUACUUCCUUGAGUCUAAUUAUUCAAUUUCUAACAAUUUUGAUUUGUAUCUGUAUUAAUUCAUUUUUCUCCUUCCAAUUCAAAAAUUUGAUUAACAUUGACAUAUGUAUUCUUAUUUAGUUAUUUUUUUUGGUAACAUUGUUAGAACCUAUUGAUCAAUAGGUUCAUGAACUAUUAAUUCGGACUUGAAGGUUUUUGUUCAAAGAGCCUUGUGUGAGAUUUAAUUUUAAUGUGAUGAUAUAC